AUGAUUGAAAAGUUUUUUAAAGACUUAGCUAAGGAACCACAAGACUUUAGUCCAUUACCUGAGAACUCAGUUGAAGAAACAGAGAAUCUUAUAACUUCAGAAAUGAUAUUCAUCGGAUUAUACAACAAAAUAGUUCAGGCUAAAAAAUUCUUAAAGAAAAAAUACGUGAAAGAAGCAUUAGUGAAAAAACUAGCUGAAUUUAGAAUUAACCACUCUCUUCAAACUAUGCGAAUCUUGCUUAAUGUAGAAAUUAAGCGUCAGUUCUCCUCCAAUAUAUCUCGUAAUAUCUUUAAUAAAAAGAAAUGUUCAGCUACAAAUAUUUAUAAGAUAUUCAGUACGGAAGGUUUAGGAAGAGACGAUAUCAAGCGAAUUAGAAAAUUUGGCUUAUCGGCUUUUGAAAAAUCUAAUGAGAAAGAAAUGGAGGCAAUUCAAGAAAGAAUUAUAACUACUUUUUCUUGA